UGUUUCGCAAUCCGGAACUCCGAUUAAACUUUGGUCACUGUGACCGCCACUGUCGGCAUUGGUAAAGAGCCUGAGAAACAAGUAACUGAAAGCGGGACACGCCGUGAGAUCUUCCUUACUCCUUCCUUUUACCUGCUUGAUUGAUUACUAAAGAUGGAUUUAAUCAAGUGCAUGCUAUUGAAUCUAGAAUUGCAUCUCAUUGCUAUUGCUAGACACAAAAAUAUUCAAAUCAAAUUGGACUCUUUACCUUCUUGCUUUUUGUUGUUGUGAAAGAGACGAGAACCUUCCAUUGGGUUAUUUUAAGGUUCAAUUAUUCAAACUUUUCUUUCCAUGGUGCUUUCACAUGGGAUAUAGUUUGCUUCAUCUUUCAUUCUUAAGCUAAGCAUAGUUUCCUUCUUUCUUCCCCACUUUUUAUACAAACCAACAUUAUAUCAUUCUCUCUUUCCCUACAUCCUGCAUUCAUAAAAUUCCAUAACUCAUACAUCUUUCAUUUUCAAUUAUAAAUCCAAGAUCCUCUACAUUAAGCAAUGAAAGAAAGUGAAAAUGAAGGAUCACUUGAAACCCAGCUGUCUUAUUUCCCUUUUCAGAAUGCCAAGGAGAACAUUGUAUUUUUAUCUGUCUAAAAUCUUGCAAAUCUCCUCGUACAAGUAAUUAAGAAAAUAUGUUAUGCAAAAUGGUAUUAAUAAGCUGAAAGAAAAUCCGCAAUUCCCCACUCACCCCUUCUUGUCCACUUUUUCUAUUCGAUCAUUCAAUAAUAGAGGAGCCAAGUCAAAUUUGCAAACAGAUUUAGGUAGGUCCGUAUCUGUUUAGGUAACAACUGAGCCUACAGAAGAAGUGUUAGGGGGGCAAAGUGUAGACCAAAUGCACAUGGUUGAAAAAGAAGCACAUGACUUAGUCCCACGAGAAUAAAUAUGGUAGGUGUAAAUGUGGAUGGACAUGACAAACUGGUUCAAAUAUAAUUCCUAGAAAAAU